AUGAUAGCUCUUUCGGAAGCUCCAAGAGCAAGAUCAGGAGCUACUGCGGCUGCAAUCUUCCUGUUGUGGGUCUUCUUAAUCUCCACCCAGAUAGCUUUGUAUUGCGCUGCUGCUGCUCAUGAAGACACCGGCGGCCGCUUCAUUAGGUCUCCGCCCGCCAGGAAAGAACGUUUUUCCGAGACGACGGCGCCGCCGUUGUUCCAUGCACCUUCAAGCAGUACUGCUCCAGCUCAGCAGCUUCUGGGUGGGGCCAAGAAUGGCGAUCCGGACACGCUUUAUGGAGACGACAAGAGAAUAAUUCAUACAGGUCCCAAUCCUCUUCAUAACUAG